AUGGCUACCCCCAAUGUCCUAACCUUUGAUACUGAGGGUCGUGCUGUUGACUUUGAGGUCUGGGUCGAUGACCUCCAGCUGUUCUUACAGUGCGAUAGGGCGGACGGCCUCUCACUGUUUGAUCUAACCUCUGGUGUCUCUCCUGCCCUGCCUGCUACUGCUGACAGCACUGUUCGCUCAUAUCGGUCAGCGCUGCGUCUGUCCCUAGCGGGAAGCACCGCACCGGCAAGGGCAAGGGGGGCAAGGGCGCUGAGGGGGCCAGUGGGGACAGUGGAUGUGGUGGUGGAGGCAGUGGAGGGGGUGGGGGUGGUGGUGGGAGUGGUGGUGGGGGUGGAGGUGUCGGUGGCAGCAGUUGAGGCGGAGGAGGCGGCGGUGGUGGCGGAGGGAGCGGAGGCGGCGGCGGUGGCGGAGGCGACAGAGGUGGCGGAGGCGGAGGAGGUGGCGGUGGAGCUGGUCGCGGCUCUCCACAGAGGAGUGGCUUCGGUGGUGGUCCUCGCUAGCAGCAGCAGCACGGUCGUGAGAAUUUGUCCCCUCAGCAGCUUCGUGAGUGGUACGCUGCGCGUCAGCGGGGUGGGGGUACUGGUCCCUGCACCUACGUCCUUCGUACAGGCGACCGCGCUGGUGAGCAGUGCGGGGGCGCGCACUCCACCCAGCGCUACUUCGGCCGCCUAA